AUGGCCUCCUCCUUCUCCAUCGCCGCCAGCUUCGCCGGCGCAGCGAGUCUUCUCCUCUCUUCUUCGGGAGUGCAUGCCCAGGUUGCUGCGGCCCAGAGGGCGCUCCCCGCGAAAGCCCAGAUUAUCGACCAAAAGAGCUUCAAUGUCUUGGAGGUCGUCCCGCCUCCGUUAGAAUUCAAUGCUUCUUCGGAAUUCCUCUGGCCGGGCGUCACGCAUGAAUCUCUCACUGAGAAGCCAUUCCACAUUUACGACCCGGAAUUCUACGACAUCAUCGGUAGCGACCCGUCACUGACUCUCAUUGCGACCUCAGAGACGGAUCCCAUCUUUCACGAGGCGGUUGUAUGGUACCCCCCAACAGAAGAAGUCUUCUUCGUCCAAAACGCCGGACCCCCAGCAGCAGGAACCGGCCUAAACAAGUCCUCCAUCGUCCAAAAGAUCCGCCUCGCCGACGCAGAGGCUCUUCGUAACGGGUCCCUGGGUACCAAAGAGGUCACCGUCACCACCGUCCCCUCGAACCCGCAGGUCAUUAAUCCCAAUGGCGGAACAAACUACAAAGGCCAAAUCAUCUUCGCCGGCGAAGGCCAAGGCGACCGCGUAACCUCGUCGCUGUACCUCAUGAAUCCGGUGGAACCCUACAACACCACAGUCCUCGUAAACAACUACUUUGGCCGCCAAUUCAACUCCCUCAACGACGUCGUCGUCUCCCGCCGCAACGGCGACAUCUACUUCACAGACACCCAGUACGGCUACUGGCAAAACUUCCGUCCAGCCCCGGGCCUCCCGAACCAGGUGUACCGCCUCAACCCCACCACCGGAGCCUUGACCGUUGUUACCGACGAGUUCGUGUCGCCUAACGGCAUCACCCUCUCUCCGGACGGCACGUACGCCUACGUAACAGACACGGGCAUCUCCCAAGGCCAAUUCGGCACAAACUUUACAAAGCCAGCCACAGUGUACGCCCACAUCUUUUCACGUUUUCCCUCUCUCUCUUCUUCCGCUCCUCACCUCCUCUCUUCUCGAACCCUCACCACACCCUCCCUUCCCAAGCAAUCAACGCCAUCUAACACCCACCACAGCUACCGCUUCGAAGUAAAAGAAGACGGCACAUUCGAAAACCGCAAAAUCUUCGCCCACACGUCCGCCCGCCUCCCGGACGGCGUCCACUGCGACUCCAAAGGCAACGUCUACGCAGGCUGCAACGACGGCGUCCACGUCUGGAACCCGUCCGGCAAGCUCAUCGGCAAGAUCUACACCGGCACCACGGCGGCAAAUUUCCAAUUCGCCGGCGACGGGAGGAUGGUGAUCACGGGACAGACGAAGCUGUUUUAUGCCACGUUUGCGGCUUCGGGUGUUGCGUUGACGUGA